AUGGGGCUGUCGUCCUGCGAAAGCGGGGAGCCCCUGGAGGUUCGGGAGCAGAGGAGGGUCGGUUUCCAGUCGUCUCCAAGAGCGUUGCCCCCUCAGCCGGCCUCGCGAGAUGGUUCGCUCCACCCGCGCACUGCUCAACGGUUCCCAGGCGGGCCCGCUGAGCACCGGAAUCAGCGCCGCCGGCUGCAACGCUGCGCGCGGAGCCGGCAACCGCGCUGA